GCCAGCGCGGCCGGCCGCUCGCCCGGAGGCCGCAGGCCGAGCUCCGAGGCCGCUUAGGCCGCGCUCGCAGGGGCCGCCGCGCACCGGGACGCGCCGGGCACACCGAGGAUCGAGGAAGGGGAGCAGGCAUGUUCAGAUCCACUGCAUUGACGGGAACGCCGAGAAGGGACACGUCUCUCUCCAAAUCUGUCACCCAGUAAAAAAAAAAAAAAAGCAGCCACGCUGGAGCCCAAAGCCAGGUGUCCUGACUCCCAGCGGGGGGCUCCCUGCACCCACCAUGAGCCGUCUGCUUUGGAAGAAGGUAGCCAGCGCCAGAAUGGGUCCAGGGCCAGUUCCAGCCACGGGACGCUGGGCCUCCAGCUCCGUUCUCGCCCCCGUUGCCAGCGAGGGGCAGCAGCAGCCGCCGCCGCCGCACGUGCCAUCCUCGGAGGGCGGGCAGGCGCGGCACAACGCAUUGCAUAUCCAGAUGCUCUCCAGAGGGCUGCACGAGCAAAUCUUCGGGCGCGGAGGCGAGAUGCCCGACGAGGCCGCGGUGCGCCGGAGCGUCGAGCACUUGCAGAAGCACGGGCUCUGGGGACAGCCCGGCACACCCUUGCCCGACGUCGAGCUGCGCCUGCCCCCGCUCUACGGGGGCAACCUGGACCAGCACUUCCGCCUCCUGGCCCAGAAGCAGAGCCUCCCUUACCUGGAGGCGGCCAACUCCCUAUUGCAGGCCCAGCCGCCGCCGCAGCCCCAGAGCUGGGCCUGGGCGGAGGGCUGGACCCGGUACGGCCCCGAGGGGGAGGCCGAACCCGUGGCCAUCCCCGAGGAGCGGGCCCUGGUGUUCGACGUGGAGGUCUGCUUGGCAGAGGGAACUUGCCCCACGUUGGCGGUGGCCAUAUCCCCCUCGGCCUGGUAUUCCUGGUGCAGCCGGCGGCUGGUGGAAGAGCGUUACUCUUGGACCAACCAGCUGUCGCCGGCUGACCUCAUCCCCCUGGAGGUCCCAACCAGUGCCAGCAGCUCCACCCAGCGGGAUUGGCAGGAGCAGUUAGUGGUGGGGCACAAUGUCUGCUUUGAUCGAGCCCAUAUCAGAGAGCAGUACCUGAUUCAGGGCUCGCGCAUGCGCUUCCUGGACACGAUGAGCAUGCACAUGGCCAUCUCAGGGCUGAGCAGCUUCCAGCGCAGUCUGUGGAUGGCAGCCAAGCAGGGCAAGCACAAGGCUCAGCACCCCACACAGCGAGUCCAGAAGUCCCAGAGGAAAUCCAGCGGCCCAGGGGUCUCCUCGUGGGACUGGAUGGGUAUCAGCAGUGUCAAUAACCUGGCGGAUGUGCACAGCCUUUAUGUGGGGGGGCCUCCCUUAGAGAAGGAACCUCGAGAAAUGUUCGUCAAGGGCAACAUGAAGGACAUCCGGGAGAACUUCCAGGACCUAAUGCAGUACUGUGCCCGGGAUGUGUGGGCCACCUAUGAGGUUUUCCAGCAGCAGCUGCCACUCUUCUUGGAAAGGUGCCCCCAUCCAGUGACUCUGGCUGGCAUGCUGGAAAUGGGUGUCUCCUACCUGCCUGUCAAUCAGAAUUGGGAACGUUACCUGGCGGAGGCACAGAGCACUUACGAGGAGCUCCAGCGGGAAAUGAAGAAGUCACUGAUGGACCUGGCCAACGAUGCCUGCCAGCUGCUUGUAGGAGAGAGGUACAAAGAAGACCCCUGGCUCUGGGACCUUGAGUGGGAUCUGCAGGAGUUUAAGCAGAAAAAGGUGAAGAAUGUGAAAAAGAAAGAGCCAGCCACAGCCAGCCAGUUGCCUGUCGAGGGGGCUGGGCCCCAUGGGGACCCUGCGGAUCAGGAAGAUCCUGGACCACCCAGCGAGGAGGAGGAGCUGCAGCGGGAUGCCGAGGCCCGCGCCUGCUUGCAGAAGCUCAAGGGCACCACAGAGCUCUUGCCCAAACGGCCCCAACACCUUCCGGGGCACCCUGGGUGGUACCGGAAGCUCUGCCCUCGGCUAGACGACCCUGCGUGGACCCCGGGUCCCAGCCUCCUCAGCCUGCAGAUGCGGGUCACCCCUAAGCUCAUGGCACUGACCUGGGAUGGCUUCCCUCUUCACUACUCAGAGCGUCAUGGUUGGGGCUACCUGGUGCCUGGACGGCGGGAUAACUUGACAGAGGUGCCAGGGGGCACUACUUUGGAGUCAGCUGGGGUAGCCUGCCCCUACAGAGCCAUCAAAUCCUUGUACAGGAAGUACUGUCUUGAACAGGGGAAGCAGGAGCUGGGGAUCCAGGAGACAGGCCUGGCCGAGGAGUUCCUGCUUACUGACAGCAGUGCCAUGUGGCAGACGGUGGAAGAAUUGGGCUGCUUAGAUGUGGAAGCUGAGGCCAGAAUGGAGAACUCGGUGCCAGGGCAUCCCUCCACCCUGCCUACUGUUUGUGGCCCCAAAGUCAGCCAACCUACUCAUCACCAUGGUAAUGGACCUUACAAUGAUGUGGAUAUCCCUGGCUGCUGGUUUUUCAAGUUGCCUCAUAAGGAUGGUAACAGCUGUAAUGUGGGCAGCCCCUUUGCCAAAGACUUCUUGCCCAAGAUGGAGGAUGGCACCCUGCAGGCUGGCCCAGGAGGUGCCAGUGGGCCACGUGCCCUGGAAAUCAACAAAAUGAUUUCUUUCUGGAGGAAUGCCCAUAAACGUAUCAGCUCCCAGAUGGUGGUAUGGCUGCCCAAGUCGGCUCUGCCUCGUGCUGUGACCAGGCACCCUGACUUUGAUGAGGAAGGCCGCUACGGGGCCAUCCUGCCCCAGGUGGUAACUGCUGGCACUAUCACCCGCAGAGCUGUGGAGCCUACGUGGCUCACUGCUAGCAAUGCCCGGCCUGACAGAGUAGGCAGUGAGUUGAAAGCCAUGGUGCAGGCCCCACCUGGCUACGUCCUCGUGGGCGCCGACGUGGACUCUCAGGAGCUGUGGAUCGCAGCUAUACUUGGAGAUGCCCACUUUGCCGGCAUGCAUGGCUGCACGGCCUUUGGCUGGAUGACACUGCAGGGCAGGAAGAGCAGAGGCACUGAUCUGCACAGUAAGACAGCUACCACGGUGGGCAUCAGCCGGGAGCACGCCAAAAUCUUCAACUAUGGCCGCAUCUAUGGGGCUGGGCAGUCCUUUGCUGAGCGCCUACUGAUGCAGUUCAACCACCGGCUCACAAAGCAGGAGGCGGCUGAGAAGGCCCAGCAGAUGUAUGCUGUGACCAAGGGUCUCCGUCGGUAUCGGCUGUCCGAUGAGGGCGAGUGGCUGGUGAGACAGUUGGAUCUCCCUGUGGACAGGACUGAGGAUGGCUGGAUUUCUCUACAGGAUCUACGCAAGAUCCGCAAAGAAGCUUUAAGGAAGUCACGCUGGAAGAAGUGGGAGGUGGUUUCUCAGCGAGCAUGGAUGGGGGGCACCGAGUCAGAAAUGUUUAAUAAGCUGGAGAGUAUCGCCACGGCCGCUACACCACACACCCCGGUGCUGGGCUGCCGCAUCAGCCGAGCCCUGGAGCCUUCGGCUGUCCACGGGGAGUUUAUGACCAGUCGUGUGAACUGGGUGGUGCAGAGCUCUGCUGUGGACUACUUGCACCUCAUGCUUGUGGCCAUGAAGUGGCUGUUCGAGGAGUUUGCCAUUGACGGGCGCUUCUGCAUCAGCAUCCAUGACGAGGUCCGCUACCUGGUGCGCGAGGAGGAUCGUUACCGCGCGGCCUUAGCCCUGCAGAUCACCAACCUCCUGACCAGGUGCAUGUUUGCCUACAAGCUGGGUCUGAAUGAUUUGCCUCAGUCAGUUGCCUUUUUCAGUGCUGUUGAUAUUGACCAGUGCCUCAGGAAGGAAGUGACCAUGGAUUGUAAAACCCCUUCCAACCCAACUGGGAUGGAAAGGAAAUACGGGAUUCCCCAGGGUGAAGCACUGGAUAUUUACCAGAUAAUUGAACUCACCAAAGGCUCCUUGGACAAACGAAGCCAGCCUGGACCGUAGCCUAGCGCCGCCUGGAGGUGCUCUGUAUUUGCUCCUAUGGAGCUUCGUUGGGCAGUGAUGUCUCCUAACUCAGGCUUUCAGCCAUGCUUUUUGCAAAAGGGCUUGCCCAAGACAGCAGUUUCUCAGUAACAGGAUUCCUUCUAAUGGACACUUGAGUUCAGUGGGUUUAGAACCAAGAUGCCAACAUCAUCUUGGGCUAUAGGAAAAGGGGCACUUUUGGGUACAAAGAAAGUAGAAGCCCCAAAGGUUAAUUUAACUCAGGCAUUUAAUUUUUUCCUUUUUUUGGCUGGUUCUUUGUCCUGUCUCUUGUGUGCUGAUGCAGUGCCCUAGAAGCGGGGAGAGAGUGAAAGCUCCAUCAGCUGUAUGGUGACAGAACUGCUCUCAGGCAGUGGAAAUAAAGCAAACACCUAAAAACCCUUUAUCUUUUCA